UAGAGAGCGCGUCUACGUGAAAAAAAGAGGGAAUGGAGAAUUCAAAUUCCCGCUAGAGCUCAGUUUUUAAAAGACAAUUAACCCUCCAAACGUCUUCUUCCUUUUCCUCUUCCUCUGUUCAAAUUCCAAACCCCCGCCUACAAUAAGUCAAACAACAAACCCUCUCUUCUCCAAUCUCCGCCUUCCUUUUUAACGGUAUUAACCUCUCUUCCCUUCCUCCCUCUUUUUAUCAAAUCAAAUCCACAGUCCUUGCAGUUCCAUUAACUGCAUCAGAUCUUCAGCCAAACAAGAAGAUAAUGGCCUUGUCUUAUACCGAUAUCAUAGAUCCCCCUUCAAGGCAUCACGCUUAUAGCAGAAAACAGAAAUCUCUCGGUCUCUUAUGCACCAAUUUUUUGACCCUGUAUAAUCGAGAUGACAUUGACGUGAUUGGACUUGAUGAUGCCGCUUCUAAAUUAGGAGUUGAGAGAAGACGGAUCUAUGAUAUAGUGAAUGUCUUGGAGAGUGUUGGGGUUCUUGCAAGAAAGGCGAAGAAUAAGUAUUCAUGGAAGGGAUUUGCUUCAGUCCCUAAAGCUUUACAAGAUUUGAAGGAAGAGGGUUUGAGAGAUAAUGUCAAUACAAUUGAUAGGCAAAGCAAUAAUUCCGCGAAAGUUGCAAAUGAUGAUGAGGACGAGGACGAUGACUCUGAUUCUAAUCCUAACACAGGAAGCCAGAAUGAGAAUUCUGGUAUUAUCAAAUCUACGGCUGUGUCAAGAUCUGAUCAUCGGAGAGAAAAGUCGUUGGGGCUUCUUACUCAGAACUUCGUGAAGCUCUUUGUGUGCUCCAACGCAAAUUUGAUCUCACUCGAUGAAUCUGCCAAGUUAUUACUUGGAGAUGGCCACAAUUUGUCAAUUAUGAGAACGAAAGUAAGGAGGCUAUAUGACAUUGCAAAUGUGUUGUCUUCUCUGAAACUUAUUGAGAAGACCCAUACUGCUGAUACAAGGAAACCUGCAUUCAGAUGGUUAGGCUUCAGAGGCAAAUCAGAGAACGGAUCUGGUGAUCCUUUGGCUCCUUUUGAGUCUAAGAAGAGGACAUUUGGAGCUGAUAUCACAAACACAUGUUUCAAAAGAAACAAAAUGGAUUCUUCAGUUGACGGGGAUAAAAGCCAGAAUCUGAAGAUGCAACAAAUAAAAGAUGAAAAUACGGUAACUGUCGCCGAGAGAGGCUAUUUUGGUCAGGAUUUACAGCAGAAGUCGGGAAGUUUCCAGUUUGGCCCCUUUGCUCCUGUUAGCGUGGCCAAAGCGGGAAACCCUGAAGACAAACUGACUCGGGUCUAUGAUUGGGAGGGUCUUUCCUCUACUUUUCGUCCUCAAUAUCACAACCAAGCUCUGAGAGAUCUCUUUUCCCAUUACACGGAAGCAUGGAAAUCAUGGUACACUGCAGUUGCUGAGAAGAAACCAUUACACAUCUCCUAAUUUCUGAAACUUUGUGGCUCUGCUUUUCGCUAUGACCAGUACAGUGUUGGGUUCUCAAAAUUCUUCUUUUUGUACUUUUUAGGACAGAAGAAAUGGCUUCAGGUUGGAUGCACAUUCCCCGUGCACCAUCUUAGCAUGGCCACGCAAUGUUCUUUAUCUGAUGCAUCGAAGCAAAUAAAUUUGAAUAUAUGGUCUUUUCUCCGUAGGUUAACUAGCUACGAAGUUGCCUUCGAUUGUGCAACAUAUCAUUUUCUUCAUGGAACAGCAGCUGUAGCACAAUACUUUCCUGACUUUUAUCUAUCAAGAACUUGUUCUGCA